AUGGUACCGGGCGGGCUGGUGUCUACGGAGUGGACGGAAGACUCGUGUUCUUUUUUUGUGUUUGAUCAAGAGCUUCGGCAUCUUUUAGGUAAACGUGCGUAUACAACGGAUGGAGACGUCGAAUAUGCCCCUGCGGACUGGCACGGAGAGGGGGCUUAUCCUGACACACAUGUCAACUUUUAUCUAUUUUAUUUCCAUCUAGAUGCGUAUCAUCAUCCACCACCGCAAAAUGAACCCGUAACCACAAACUACAAUCCUGACACCCGACCAUCAACUCGCCCUCGUCCUCCACGUCCAUCAAGUCCUCCUCCCCGAACAGAUAACCCCUCUCAUUCCCACACCGACAUGACCUGUACCACCGGUCCGUCUCUUCAUCAUACGGCAAGUCAUCCAAAUCUACGUUUUCAACGCCCGUUUGAAACCUCUGCCCUGGCCCACCUCCCGAUAGCGCUUGUGCCUGACGGAGCUGGGCGUCGUACUGUGUUCGUUGCCGUGGCGAGGAUAGCACCGUGA